AUGCCGCUCUGUUCUCGUCCAGCGACUCCCUCAAAGAAAUGCUGGGGAGACGUACUCCGACUCAAGAAGAAGUACCAGAAGUUGCGCGCAAACAUCGAGACGCACAAGGACAACAUCAAGGCCAUUAAAGACGGCAUGCCCAACAAGAAGACCCCCAACAAGAUGCUUCAAAAGGUGAAGGAACUCGCUAACUGCGUCGAGCGCCAGAAUGCUCGCAAGUUAACCUCGCAAGCGAUGCUCGAGGUCCUAGAGAACGACGUCGAAGCCUGCGAUGUUGACUUCCAAGCCACUGCUGGUCCCCUGUGGACCGAGCUUGGAGAGCUGUGCAAAGCCGCGGAGAAGAACGACAAGGCUGCAACCGAGAUCGGUUUCAGACAGCUCUUCCCGAGAUUCCCGAGCUGGCAGUUAACCUACCGACUACGUCGACAACUGCCCUAA